CCGGGAGGAAACAUAGAAAUUUGACUCAAAGCUUAAAACCCUAGGGUUUAGAUCGAACAAGACGAUGAAAAUAGCCGUAGAAGGAUGUAUGCACGGAGACCUAGACAACGUCUACGCCACUCUCUUACACUUACAACAAUCGGAGAACACCACAAUCGAUCUUCUCCUCUGUUGUGGCGAUUUUCAGGCUGUUAGGAAUGAGGAUGAUCUGGAGAGUUUGAAUGUUCCGGCGAAGUUCAAGGCGAUGAAUUCGUUCUGGAAGUAUUAUUCGGGGCAGAAAGUUGCCCCGAUUCCGACGAUUUUCAUCGGUGGGAAUCACGAGGCGUCGAAUUACCUCUGGGAGCUAUACUAUGGAGGAUGGGCGGCACCGAAUAUAUACUUCUUGGGGUUUGCUGGAGUGGUCAAGUUCGGAAACAUUCGGAUAGGUGGACUCUCUGGAAUUUAUAAUGAGCGUCAUUACCGUUUAGGACAUUAUGAAAAGCUACCAUAUAACGAAGGGCAUAUCAGGUCUAUUUACCAUGUUCGUGAAUAUGACGUCCAUAAGCUCAUGCAAGUUGAGCAACCACUUGAUAUAUUUCUUACACACGACUGGCCUUGUGGUAUUACUGACUAUGGGAAUUGGAAAGAGCUUGUUCGUCAAAAACCAUACUUUGAGAAAGAGAUUCAGGACAGGUCUCUGGGGAGUAAACCUGCCGCAGAAUUACUGCAAAAACUGAAACCUCCUUACUGGUUUUCAGCUCAUCUGCACUGCAAAUUUGCAGCAGUAGUACAACAUGGAGAAGGUGGUCCAAUGACUAAAUUUCUUGCACUUGAUAAAUGUCUCCCAGGACGAAAGUUUUUGCAGAUUGUAGAGAUUGAAUCAGAGCCAGGACCAUAUGAAAUUCAGUUUGAUGAAGAAUGGCUGGCAAUAACUCGGAAAUAUAAUUCCAUCUUUCCUUUAACUUCCAAACCUGCAAAUUUUAGGGAAAUACAGCUUGACAAGCAAGAAUGUAUGCAAUGGAUCAGGGGUAAAUUACAACAAAGAGGAGCCAAACCAUUUGAAUUCGUACAAACUGUUCGCGGAUAUGAUCCUUCUCUGUCUUCUUCUCGUGGUUCAUAUACUGGACAUCAUCGAAACCCUCAAACAGAAGCUUUUUUGCAGUUUCUUGAACUCAAGUAUUAUCUUGAUAACGCAAUGGAAACAAGGGAUCAAAUCCAUAGUCCACCGAUGUUUAUUGCAAACGGUCCAUCUGAUCAUAAUUAUGAAGAUAUUCCGAUUGAUGAUGUGGAUGAAUUGGAAGAACUUUCAGAAGUUAAUGAUGCAGAUAAAGUGACGAGUGUCCCAUAAGGGACAAACACUUGUCCCGAUCAUUAUCAAAAGAUCAUCACAAACUAAUAUAUCAGCUAAGGCGAUAUGGUUCUCAGCGACGGUGAGGUUGUACUACUGCCCAUGAUUUUAUACUGCCCACGUACAGCUGUUAUGAGCCUUCAACUUCAUUACUGCUGUAUGCCGCUUGUGGUAGGAGCAAUUACUAAUUUUAGUUUAAGUAGUAUUUUCAAUUUGAAGGGGUUCUAUCAAAUUUUAAGUUUAGAUUCAUAUCUAACUUAUAAAGCUGAAAAAUUGUAUAUGUAUUUCAUCAAAUCAAAACUCGAUCUAAUUCAAAACUCAAUACAUUUAGAUUUAGACAUUGUUGAUAUAUAUUGUUUUCACUUUAGUGACUA